CUGCCCCACUCCGGGAUGUAACGGUUCGGGACACAUCCGGGGAAAGUAUGCACGGCACAGGAGUUUGCAAAGCUGUCCGCUGGCAAAGAAGAGGAAGCUUCAAGACGCGGAGGCCGAACACCUGGCGUCCAAGAGGAAAUCCCACCCCCUGAAACUAGCCCUCGAUGAAGGCUACAGCGUGGACAGCGACGGGAGCGAGGAGGCGGAGGCGAAAGAAGAGUCGGGGACGGACGAUUCGGAGUGCACCUUGGAAGAGGAAGAGGCCGAGGCGGCAGAGCAGGAGGGAAGCUGUGGCAGCCCUCCGCAGGCAGAAGGGCAGAACCCCCGAACUCCACAGCCUGGACAAAGUUUGGGCUCUGUUACCCCCGGCCUGCUCAAGGCCAGCUACAACAGCUAUCAAGAAAUAAUUGCCAACUCUCUUUUAAACCUAGGCCAAAUAGCAGAAGGAUCGCUGGCAGACCGAGGGCCUGAAAGCGAAGGGCGAGACUCCCAAGUUGGCGAGGACGUCAUGCAUUUAGCACACGAAGGAACAGCGGAGGAGGAGGAGGAGGAGGAGGCAGUGGAGGAGGAGUGCGAGAAGGAGAUCAUCAUCCAGACGGAGGACGCAGAGGAGGUCAUCGAGGUCACCAGCGAACGCAGCAGCGACAUGUGCCUGGAACAUCGGGAGGACGAGGCGAGUGGCGAAGAAUCCUGCAAACUGGAGAAGGAGGAAGAGGAGGAGGACAAUGAAGAGGAGGAGGAGGAGGAAGAGGAGGAGGAGGAGGAGGAAGAAGAGGUGGAGGAGGAGGAUGACGAAGAGGAUGAGGAUGAGGAAAGGAUGGCCGAAGUGAUCUGCGAAGAAGCCCGCCACGCAUCUCAGGACUCCCCCAAACCCCACUGUGAAGGCCAGGUGGUCAGUCCCAAGCCCGAAUAUUCAGUCAUCGUGGAGGUGAGGUCUGACGAUGACAAGGACGACGACUCCCACUCCCAGAAAUCCACUGUGACGGACGAGUCGGAGAUGUAUGACAUGAUGACCCGGGGGAACCUGGGCCUCCUGGAACAGGCCAUUGCCCUGAAAGCGGAACAAGUGAAGGUCGUGCGGGAGCCCGGCCAGCUCACGGGGGAGCACGUCAAACAUUUCCAGGUGGAGGAAAAGCAAGGCAAAGCCCUGGACUCCAUCAGGAAGAGCUACUACAGCAAAG